AAUACUUGGCAACGUUUCCUCCAGGCAUUGUCACGUCUCUAUGGGUGACCGAGUGAGAUCACACGGUCGGAGUGACCAUGUUAAUUCAUGGUCACUUCCCUUGCACCGCCAGCUAGGAUAGAAGUUACCUCUCCCGCUCGCUCUUAUCACCUCCACAGCCGAGACAAAGACCUUACUUACUCAGUAAAUAAGUAUUAUUAGUGAAGAAAAAGCUAAUAAGGGAUCAUUACUUGAUCUCAUAAGAGCUGUUGCCCAAACAGCGAAAGCCACCAACGUGCCUUGACUUUUACCUCAAUGGUGGUGUGGAAAAAAGAAUGAAAAUAUAACAACAUAGUUUAAGGGAAAUAUCAUACCUAAAAGGAAACCUAUCACAUUUAAAUGAAAUUCACAACGGAGAGAGAGAGAGAGAGAGAGAGAGAGAGAGAGAGAGAGAGAGAGAGAGAGAGAGAGAGAGAGAGAGAGAGAGAGAGAGGUGCAGAUGGAUUUUUAUUUUUUUUUUAUUUUAAUGAUUCAUAGGCAAGUAUAGAUCUGAUAGAAAUAAAUUUGCAUGAAAUGUAGAUUGCAUAUGCAGAGAGAGAGAGAGAGAGAGAGAGAGAGAGAGAGAGUGGUGUGUGGGGAACUAGGUUAUCAGCGACACAGGCUCUAACCUGAUAAUUGGCCCAGUACAAGGAUUGGCAGCUCUGCAAGUCGGGGAAUUUCCAGAAAGGACAAUGCCUAAAUGCUCAAUUCAAAAUGGUCAGACCAUGGAAGACCUGUCAGAAAAGGCGUGCGCGUUACUCAAUGAUCACCCCAACACCCAAAACACAUAAGUUUAACAACUAUCUUUGAAAGAAUACAUUAUUCAUCACUGUAGGAGCGGACAGGACAAUAAAUCUGACUCAAAAGAUAAUCAAUAAAUAAUAGAGUGGGUGACAGAACGUAAACCCAAGGAAUACCACUGUUAAUAGACUUAGGGGAAGAACAGUAACCUCAGUAGCAAUAAAAAGGUCAGAAAGGAAAAUUACGAUUACGUUACAGAGGAUAGAGGUCAUAGGAGAGUAGUUUAGAAAAGAUAUAUGUUGACCAAGAGUUUGAGCAAGCGAGGUGCAGACACAAAGACACAGUUUCGGAAAACAAUAGGAGGGAUCCCAUCAGGUACAUAAGCUUUCCGAGAGUUAAGGCCAGCGAGGGAAAACAUCAUUAGGAGGACUCUAACUGAGUCCUCCUAAUUAGGACUCAGUAGGCCUAAAUGGGACUACUGAGGCCUAAAGUAGAUGAAAGGUGAAAGAGAGGGAAGAACAAGUCAUGAAUCAUCCACAGUAGAAUUUUUAGCAAAGGUCUGAGCGAAGAGUUCAGCUCUAGAGAUGGAGGAGAUGGCAACUGUGCCAUCAAGUUGAUUUAAAAGAGGAAACGAUGAAGAAGUAGUGAUGAUGAAGAUAUUUUUGCAUAGGUGAGAAAGCUGCAAGGGGAGUUAAAUAAAGAAAGACUUUGACAUUUUGUACUGAAGAAGGAGUUUCUGGUAAGUUGGAGAACAGUCUUGGUAUGAUCUCUGGCAGAAAUAAAAAGCGCCUUAGUUUCUGGUAUCUGCUCCCAUCUCCAGCACAAUGUAAUAUACCCCAAGCUACAUUACUAUUUUGCGCCAACAAGGCCUUCAGUGGCAUAAGAUUAAUUUUCCAGUGACCUCACUAAAGAGAAUCUUCAUCAGUCAGGAAGUAGGAGGCGGAGUUUUGAUAUCUGUUGUGCCUGCUGUUCAUCUUGUCCUCAUCAUUAGUUGGCCAGAAAAUUUCUAAUUCACCUGUCUAUUAAUUUUGUGAUGAUGUUUUACAGAAGAAAAUGAGGUGUGUGACUUUAGGAUUUUUUAUUGGAUGAGUUUGCCAACUGUAAGAAGGUGUAAGGAGUUUAAUGGGAGAGAGGAAAUGGAGGAGUGAGUUCAUUUAUGUGGAAACACUGCCAGGUAAAUGUAGUGACAUAAUGGACGGAUAAGAGAAAGGGUUGUGAAAAGGUGCAUGAAAGGAAAAUGUAUCUGGAUGUAAAUCAGGAGGCAGUAAGCACCUACCGAAAUUAUAAUUACUCCCAGUGAGGUCUAAAGUACUGGAUCAGAGGGUGCUGUGAACUUAUCAUUAAACACAGCUGUGAUCUCACUGAGGUCACUGAGUGUUAUAAGACCCUUUGUGUCUCAUAACACAAGGGGGCAGUCACAGCCUGCCCUCUAAAGACAGCUCUCUUCCUCCACACAAAACUACAAGCACCUAAUAACACACACACCCUUCACUCAAAAUUUCAAAAUUAUCAUGGCGACUCCUACACCAGCCUCUGAGUCCCCAUCUGGGGAGGGGACCACAAAUGUCCCCAGGUCGGACUGCCUUUCUGACGACGACCCUAAGUCUCUUGACACCCCCCUCAACUUUUUCUUCAUUAACUUCUGCAACAUUCGUGGUCUAAGAUAUAGUUUUCAAUCUCUGGAACACCACCUCUCCUCUUCUAAACCUCAUUUUCUUUUCCUAACAGAAACUCAGGUGUCUGAGGCAACUGACAGUAGCCCCUUUUCUGUUCCCUCCUAUUUUCUCUAUCCUCACUUUCGAUCCAAAGCUGGAUGUUGCGUUUAUGUGCGCAAUGACUUAACCUGCUCUCGUGCCCAUGCUCUUGAAUCUUCCGAGUUUUCCACCAUCUGGCUACGACUACAGAGCCACUCUCAAACUAAAUUCAUCUGUGCUGUAUACCUCUCAACUAACUCCUCUGACUAUAAGAAAUUCAUUGACUACUUAACUUCCAAAGUUCAGCACAUUCUGAGUCUCUUCCCUUUUGCAGAGAUCUCCAUUCUUGGAGACUUUAAUGUUCACCACCAGCUUUGGCUUUCCUCUCCCUUCACUGACCAUCCUGGUGAACUAGCCUUCAACUUUGCUAAGCUCCACGAUUUAGAGCAAUUGGUGCAACAUCCUACUUGUAUCUAUAUCUUGUAUCUGUAUCUUGUCCUAUCGCUCCAAUCCCUCCUCAUGAUCCCCCUAAGCAAAGGUGCUUCUGGCAUUUUGCUUCUGUUAGUUGGGGGGAUUUUCCGUGGAAUGAUUACUGCUUCCGUGUCAGAGACCCGUCUUUGUGUGCUGAGCGUAUAACAGAGGUGAUAUUGUCUGGCAUGGAGGCGUACAUUCCUCACUCUUUCUCUCGACCUAAACCUUCUAAACCUUGGUUUAACACAACUUAUUCUCAUGCUAUACAUGAUAGAGAGGUGGCCCACAAAAGGUACUUAAGCCUUCCAUCACCAGAAUCUCAUGCACUUUAUAUUUCUGCCCGGAACCAUGCCAAGUCUGUUCUCCAACUAGCCAAAAACUCCUUCAUUAACAGAAAGUGUCAAAAUCCUUCAAGAUUUAGCUCCCCUCGUGACUUCUGAUAUCUAGCCAAAAAUAUCUCCAAUAACUUUGCUUCUUCUUCUUUCCCUCCUUUAUUUCAACCAGAUAACACCACUACUAUCACAUCUAUUUCUAAAGCUGAACUCUUCGCUCAAACCUUUGUUAAAAACUCUACCUUGGAUGAUUCAGGGGUUGUUCCUCCCUCUUCUCCACCCCCUGACUACUUCAUGCUACCCAUUAAAAUUCUUCACAAUGAUGUUUUCCAUGCCCUCGCUGGCCUAAACCCUCAGAAGGUUUAUGGAUCUGAUGGGGUCCCUCCAAUUGUUCUCCGAAACUAUGCCUCCGUGCUUGCCCCUUGCCUAUUCAAAGUCUUUCAGCUCUGUCUGUCAACAUCUACCUUUCCUUCUUGCUGGAAGUUUGCCUUCUUUCAGCCUGUUCCUAAAAAGGGUGACCGUUCUAAUCCCUCAAACUACCAUCCUAUUGCUUUAAUUUCCUGCCUAUCUAAAGUUUUUUAAUCUAUUCUCAACAGGAAGAUUCUUAAACAUCUAUCACUUCACAACCUCCUAUCUGAUCGCCAGUAUGGGUUUCGCCAAGGCCGCUCUACUGGUGAUCUUCUGGCUUUCCUUAUUGAGUCUUGGUCAUCCUCUUUUAGAGAUUUUGGUGAAACUUUUGCUGUUGCCUUAGACAUAUCAAAAGCUUUUGAUAGAGUCUAGCACAAAGCUUUGAUUUCCAAACUACUUCUGUAACUUCAUCUCAAGUUUUCUUUCUGACCGUUCUAUUGCUGCUGUGGUAGACGGUCACUGUUCUUCUCCUAAAUUUAUUAACAGUGGUGUUCCUCAGGGUUCUGUCCUGUCACCCACUCUCUUCUUAUUAUUCAUCAAUGACCUUCUAAACCAGACUUCUUGACCUAUCCACUCCUACGCUGACGAUACCACCCUGCACUUUUCCACGUCUUUUCAUAGACGUUCAACCCUUCAGGAAGUAAACAUCUCAUGCAGGAAAGCCAGAGAACGCCUGACUUCUGAUCUCUCUAAAAUUUCUGAUUGGGGCAGAGCAAACUUGGUAUUGUUCAAUGCCUCAAAAACUCAAUUUCUCCAUCUAUCAACUCGACACAACUUCCCAGACAACUAUCCCUUCUUCAAUGACACUCAACUGUCUCCCCUCUUCUACACUGAACAUCCUUGGUCUGUCCUUUACUGAUCUGGAAACUUCACAUCUCAUCUCUAACUAAAACAGCUUCUAUGAAGUUAGGUCUUCUGAGACGUCUCCACCAGUUUUUUUCUCAUCCCCCCUCCUCCAACUGCUAACUCUGUACAAAGGCCUUAUCCGUCCAUGUAUGGAGUAUGCUUCACAUGUCAGGGGGGAGUUCCACUCAUACUGCUCUUCUAGAUAGGGUGGAAUCAAAAGCUUUUCGUCUCAUCAACUUCUCUCCUCUAAAUGACUGUCUUCAGCCUCUCUCUUAUCGCCGCAAUGUUGCAUCUCUAGCUGUCUGUCUUCUACCGCUAUUUUCAUGCUAACUGCUCUUCUGAUCUUGCUAACCGCAUGCCUUCCAUCCUCCUGCGGCCUCGCUGCACAAGACUUUCUUCUUUCUCUCAUCCCUAUUCGGUUCACCUCUCUAAUGCAGGAGUUAACCAGUAUUCGCAAUCAUUCAUCCCUUUCUGGAACUCCCUGUCUGCUUCUGUAUUUCCACCUUCCUAUGACUUAAAUUCCUUCAAGAGGUAGGUUUCAAGACACUUAUCCUUCAAUUUUUUUACUACUACUUUGGACCUUUUCUGGAGCUGGCAUCUUAGUGGGCUUUUUUUUAAUUGGAUUUUUGUUGCCUUUGGCCUACAUUAAAAAAAAAAAAAAAAGUGGUUUUAAGAAUUGUAUCAUCAUCAGUAAAUGUCUUCUAAUGCACUGACAAUAUAGGUAUUUCUGAAGUGAGCUGUUAAAGGAUACACUUCUGCUACAUGUCUUUCUGUUUGUAUGUGUCCACAGUUAUACAAUUUGAUGACAAAUGGGGCGGCAUCUUCUCAGGUGUUCUUUACUGUGUAGCAACACUCUGUAGUUAUGGAUGGUAUCCAUUCUGUACUCUAGCGGGAACUUCAACAAGAUCGCUUUCUUGCUCUAAGACUGCUACUCUUCGGGCACGAAUCUGAUCCUAUGGGAUUGGGCGUCCUCUGCCGCCACCAUAAAAAUGCCUGUGUCGCUAAUGCGUUACGAGCACGCUCAGCUGGGGAUUCUUGGCGGUCUCGAGGUACCUGGUACUAUACAUGUUUUGCAUUUUCCCAGGCGACUCUAGGUUAUAUAUUAGGGCUGAUGUGGGUGAUACUGGUAUCGGUAAAACAGUGGCGGGCAGGUGAGAAGCUCAAGCUGGCUCCUCCACUUGGGUGUCAGUGUCCAGUUUUAUGAGGUCUCACCAGUCUUGUCCUCUGUAAGUCUCUUGCUCUGUGCGGUAGGAUGGGAAGCCGUUGGGGAUUCAGGUAGUGCCUUCUUGCUGUUCGCUUCAGGAGCGAUGAACAUGGUCAUGUUGCUGAUGCACUGCGACUUGGGGCAGCAACCUCUCUCUGUACUCAGCUCUCCACUGUUACCACUGCAUUCUGUUGCAUUCACUCAGAGCGACACUAUUACUUCAAAAAUCGCACUGUUUAUUACCCCUGAAAGAUAAUUUUCGCAAAACACAAUGCCACAAUAGAUUCUGUGAAAAAAACGAAGUUACAUGGAAGUAGAUAGGUAAAAGGAUUCCUAAAGCGAGGGGAAGGGAGAGAAAAUGUUAAAGAGUAAAGAUAACCUGGAAGAAAGAUAGGUGGAAACGAAUAAACGAGAGAUAGUACUGUACAAAGGUAAAACUAAAAGGAUACUCACUUGGGCGCUGUUUCGAAGUGAAUCUUGACAAGCUAGAAAAAGGAGUCACACAAAAAAAGGGUCACACGCACCUCACACACGUUGGUGAUGGUCAACGGACGAAGGGUGCACUGAAGCAGGAGCAGGAGCAUGGCUUCCUCUAUCUUGUGAUGGCAGCAUUGCGCGGUGUAGUUAUGGUGGUACAGUCUGGCGAACAGUGCGUAGGCGUUCACCCAUUACAGGAGUCAGUGACAGGUGGAAGCCCAGAGAUAAUUCCUUCAACACAUGCUAAGAUAGUGAUUGUCCAAGCUGCGCUCUAUUUGGUUAUGACGGUCGGGUCCGCUGGCCGCGCGUCGGCUCAUAGAUUGGCCAAAGAAGGCCAAACAGUAUUUUCUUACGGAGAGCGGAGUGCAGUGAGACACAUCUUUAUGUUAUGAAAGUUGGAAAGCGACUGCCUGUGAUAUGCGAUCAAGAAACAAUAAUUUUCAUGGCACAAUAUUACAUAUAACUUACGAAAAUUUGAGUUCUAACAAAAUAAUCCUUUUCAGGUAUAAAACUACUCUUUUGGCUGCAGUUUGAAACAAGGCAUUCACAAUGCCUUUUACAGCAAGUGACUGUUUUCGUCUGAAAUAUUUUUACAUCUUAGAAAGAGCUGGCGAGACUGUGUUGAGUUACACUCUUAACUGCGGGACAUACGGGAAAACCCCGUCUGUUUCCUUCGAAGACUACUUGAGAAGCCUCCCACCAACCUCGACAGCAAACUACAAUAAAAUAUCAAACAACACCCGGAGAAAGUAUUUUACUCAAACAGACCUAAACCAGAUUACAAGUCAUACCUCAUGCGACAAUUUUGACAUAACUCUGCUUCAUAAACUGAUUAAAAUAGCAUGCGAGAACGUAGCGGGCAUGAACGAUGCAAGCUGGAAGAGUGAAAGCGAUGAGGUAGAGUACCUGGUCACAAAGGUAAAAGAUACUAGGAAUGAAAUUGUCCACGAGAAAUUGGUAUUGAGUGAACAGGAAUUCUACGUUAAAAUACAAGAAUUGAAAAAUGUAAUAGUUAGAACUUUGGAGGCCACGAAAGUUAGGUAUGGCAGAGACAACAGUGAGUUUCAAGGGAAGAGGGAUGACAUAAUGAUGGCGAUAGACAACAUGACAAAGGAGACCCUCGGAAAGGAGGAGAUACUGCAAAGAUCAGUGAGUCAAUUCCUGCCACUUUUCAAAACGGAAACCAAUAAACAACUCCUAGAUUGCCUCAGUUAUGCCAAGUGCCUCGAUCCACUCCACUUCCUUAGUGGACAUGAGAACAACCAAGUGGACGUUCAAACAGUAUUUUCAAGAAUUGAAAUGAUGACUGAGAGCAGAAAUAGUUCAUCUGAAGAAACGCUCAGUGUUGAAUAUUUAAAGCUUUUGAAUUUGACACAACCAGGAAAUCCGUCCUCACACACAGUGAUACAAAAGCCACAAGUCCUGGUGAUUGAAGGAGAUGCUGGUAGUGGCAAGACAACAUUAAUCACCUUUGUAUUGUCUGAAUGGCUGCAAAAUGACAGUGACCGCCGCAUGGAGGGAUUGAUUCAUUACGACCUUCUGUUGUGGGUGAUGUGCAGUGAACAAACUAACACCACAUUUGAUGAUAUGCUGAGCCAGGCCCUGCCAGACGUCAAAUAUCGGUACGGGAAUCUCUUGCUGCCUCUACUAAAGCACUGUCGAGUUCUCGUCAUCAUCGAUGGCUUAGACGAAAGGACGAAAAAUUCACACCAGCUCGUGGCGGACAUCUUGAAUGAAGGGAGGGAAGCUGCAAAUUUUACUGCAGUGUGCACUUCUCGGCCUGAAGCGGUAACAGACUUUAAAGCAACAGUGCCUAAGAAGUACCAAAUUUCCCAUGUGAAAAUAUUGGGCAUUUCUCCCGAUGAGCGGCCAUCCGUCAUUAUAAAACACUAUAAGUGGCUUAUGAGGGGAAGGUCUGGGAAUAUUGAACGUCUUAGGCAGUUGAUCAAAGAAACUAGUUGGAUGGAGCUUUUUCGGCUCCCCCUUAACUUGUUGUUUCUAGCAACAAUGUUUUUCUAUGAUCGUACAUCUGCAAAUCCUGCAUUAAUACAGUCCCAGUUAUAUAAUUUCAUAGUUACGUGGAGUGUGGAAAAGUUGCAAGAUAGACUGGCUAAAGACGCAUCAUUACCUUCAAGAAAUUUCCGCCAGAAAAAAGUUAAAACUGUCUUAAAGUCAAUUUAUUGGGUUGCAUUACAAGGACUCCUCCAGAAUCGCAUCUUCCUGACGGAAGAAGAUGAAGACUUUUUGAAUGAGUCCUGUAAUAAGGAAGGCUUGCCAAGGGAGGAGGUGAUGCAGGCUUUCUUCGUCCUACGGCGACAUGUGACAUCUGGGCAUACCACGGAGUGGUACCGUGCCCCACACAAGGGCAUCCAGGAACACUUCGCAGCACGACAUAUUUUUGAGCAGCUCAGCGAUUAUACACAAGGAGACAUCAAGCGUGUGCUGCAGGAAGCCCUUAGAGGACAGGAACUACGUCUUGCCCCAUUGAGAAACAUGCUUUGUCAUCUUCUAGGGAUGCUGGUUCAGGUGAAUAAUUCCACGACUGCAGCAGUGAAGGAAGUGGUGGACCUCAUACAGGAGUCUGGCGUGAAAACCACAGAGCGUUGGUUGCAUAUGCUGACGGACACAGGAACUAACACCGCAAUCCUGAAACGUGUAGCUGAACAUCAAAGGAGUUUAACUGAUAAUGAUGGAGAUGUAGUGGUUACCGACACCACAGUGUUCGCCGCUACUGCCUUGCUGCCUCUCUUAUCAAAAAAAAAAAUUUACAUAAGACUAGAGAGAGAGCCAGCUGGACUGGACGCCUUGCUGCAGGCCCUUCCUCGACACACCGUCGUGAGUGUAUGGCUGGCUCACCAAUACAAUCAUCCUCACUCAACUACCGCUGCCUCUGGACACCUGUUUCUGCAGGUUUCAGGGGAAGACCUGAAGAAGUUCAAGGGACACCUGAAGGCUAAAGAACACUUGCAGUUACUCCCUCAAGGCCUGACUCACCUAUCCGUGGUGUUAGCGGGAAGUGACCACGCCCGCAGCCUCCUGCCAGCUCUCUCUGAUGCCCUGAGUUUACUCACUGACCUAUACAAUCUCACAAUUCACGUCCCUGUGAAAACGGUAACCCCAGAUGCCCUCGUUCGACUCCCUGCUACCGACACCAGUGUGUUCCUCACUCUGUCCGGCGUGGGCGAUGACGAGGUGGAGGUGGCCUGGCGUAUUGCAGCAGCUUUGUGUCCCAGCAAGAAGGGGUUGUGGGAUAUUUACUUCCCUGCAGCCUCGCUCCGAACAGACGGAUGGCGCCGCCUGAUAAACGGUCUGGCAGAGGCUGGAGUGAGGGUGGGCGCCACAUUAUAUGUACCAGAAAGUACAAUCUCACUAAACGAGCAUCUCCAACUGUUCAGCUUUACGGAAUCCUUGCUCGGAUGUCAGUUGCGGAGAUCUUCUGCUGAGUGGCUGUGGCAAUAAGCACGCCAGAGGAGGGAGACCACUGCAAGAGUUCACGACUGCACAACCUGCACGUCAAGGAUCAUCAGAAACUGUAACCUGCACUGGUCACCAUUAGGUGUGCUUGCUGCUGUCAUGCGGAUUAGGCGGCCAUCACUAUAUGGCUGCUUGAUCCGCAUAUAGUUAUGUUCCUAAAUAUGCAUUCAUCCUUUUGUGAGUCUCACUGCUCUCUCAAUUUACAAAUGCUUCCUCUUGAUUGAUUAACUAGCUAUAAAUCACCAUGGUGCAGUAACAGAUCCUUACAUUGAGUAUUACUCUAUGAUUUUUACGUGUUUCAGUAUGCACUGCAUUGUUACUGGGAAUGUGUUUUCGCUGAUAGUUGUUUUAAUAAUUUUAGUUUGGUUAAGCCCAGUUUUCCGCUAGGCAUUAUCAUUAGACCCUUGGUUUUCAUUAGUUUUACUAGUAGAAUGUGAAAUGGCAUUUCAUUAACAAUGAUUUCUUAUGCACUAGUGGGUAAGGGUGUGCGUGCCGACGGUGCUCCGUAAACAAUCUAGAUUCUUUCAAGUCCUAUAAGAUUUAUACAGUCCGUGAGUUAUCAGUGUGUGGAACAAUGUUCAGUGCAUGCCUUGAGUGACUGACAAGAACUUAUAUGAUGUAAAUUUGUGCAUUGCUGAGGGUGUUCAAUGUUCGGCUGGCAGAGUUGACCUAGUACCACAGAGUCGGUUAUUCCUACCACACCUCCCACUCAUCCCACUACUUGCCACCAAAUAGUACCGCCCCUUACACUAGCAAUGAGUGAAGUGCCAUCACUCUAGCUGCUGAGGAUAUCAAAAAUAUUGGUGCAAUUAACUGGAACUUCAAUAACAACCUGAAAUUUUUUUUUUAUUAUUACUUUUAACUAAUAAAAUGAGUAAUUUCCAUAUGUGUGAUUCCAUCUUGUAAUGUGGUACGAGGUAAUGAUGCUCCCAAACCCGGUAUUGAUGACGGUAUUGAUGACGUGUUAGGGUGCGUUCACACGGUCGAAUAGUCUAUUGGACAAACCCUGUUACCAUAUCAUAAGACAAAGCAGGAUGAUGUCAUAAGCGUGAAACGAGAGAAACUGAAAGACAAUGUUCGAAGCUGGUGUCCGCUGGCAACAUACAGGUAUUCAAGAGUGUUAGUGUGGACAGGGGAGGCAGGUGGUUGUUGCCAGCGUCUAGCACGGUACAUCAUAACCAUGGUACACAGAGAUAAAAAAAAAAAAAAAUUGCAUUAUGUAGCAUGAUACUGCAGCAAUUGUGUGAGGACAAGGUGAGAAGGGAAUGAUGGAAGAACUGGCUACAAAGACGAAGUGAAAGGGGAAGCCAUGCAACCAUUUUACUUGGACUGGAAAUUGGUUAUGAAUCAAACCUUCUACGAUUUAUUGGAGAAGGUAAAACCUUUUAUAACAAAGCAGGACAUCUGUAUGAGGGAGAGCAUUUCACCAGAAUCACGUCUGGAGGCAGUGUCCAUUAUACCACUCUGCUCGCCACUAAUGCCUUCCCCUUUCCAUUGUUAACUGGUAACAGUGAGCGUUCGACAGACAAUGUUCGACCGUGUGGACGGACUUUAGAUAAUCUUACUAAGGUUAUACGAAAAUUUGGCAGGUCCCUGAGCAAACGAACAGCGGUAUCAGGGUGGUCAACACGUGUAAGAGGAUUGUAUGCUAAGUCUAAGCAAGAGUUUGUUUGUUUGUUUUUUGUUUUUUUAACAUGGCGAUUUUGCAAUUCAAUAUGAGAUGGCCAUCUUAAAGAUGUGAUGUGCGGCAUGCGCGCUAGAUUCAAGCAUACCCUGCAUCAGUGCCAUAUAGAGGGAAGACAACCAGCGGGCUGAGGCGCUGGCCAUCUAACUCCACGCGGGCGAAGCAUGUCGUUUUGGCGUGACAUGCGAGCGUUCUGUUCCAAAGGGAGCAGACUUGCCAGUGGGGUGGAUGGGUCUGUUAGAGAGAGAGAUAAAUUGCCGCCUUGUGGAGGGCUAAAUAUAGCCAAGACCUUCCCUGUGUUAGUCCCAUAGGAUGUUUUGGCACCUCAAGUUUUGGAAAAGGCUCAUAAUUCCUAGCUGGUAACUCGGUUAUUUCCCUCGGUUCCAAUACUCCACUGACUUGGUGAGUGAAGGUAGCAAGCGGAGUAAUGCGGUUGUGCCUCAGCUGUGGAAGGAAGAAUUUAUGUCUGGUGCUUUUAGAUGACAACCUGCAGAGAAAACUCAAGAACAGAGCAGCAAUUGGUAGACUGUUCCCCGCAUCUGCUGAAUCUUCAACAACCUCCCAGCCAUGGUCAUCACAAGGGGCAAAGAUACGUGCCUUUUAUGCUAGGUCAAAGGACCGAAAAGUUAAAACUAUGUGUAGUAUCUGUUGUGGUGAUGUCUGAUAUCUUCCUCGCAAAUUAUUAAUUUAAAAA